AUGGUGAAAAGCGAGGUGGAGGUGACUAUCAACGCGGAGGAGGCUCCAGUGGCAAGUAGGCCUAGUCCAGCCAAAAAGAAGAAGAAGAAAAAGAAUAAGAAUAAGCCUGGCAGGUACAGUGUGCUUGUGCUAGACGCUGUCAAAAUGUUGAAUGAGAGAAGCGGUUCGUCUUUGGUAAAAAUUUAUAAUGAAGCCAAGAAGGCGAGCUGGUUCGAUGAGCAGAAUGGGCGAACCUACCUGCGGUAUUCCAUCCGAGCGCUGGUACUCAACAACACGCUGAUCCAAGUAAAGGGCAUGGGGGCGAACGGUUCCUUCAGGCUCAAUAAAGAUAAGUUCGCGAAAGAGGUACCGAAAAAGACUCCGUCCAAGCCAGCCAAGACCACCACGAAAACUGCCAAAGCAUCGACUACCAAGAAGGCAACCGUAGUCAAGCCAAAGGCGAAGAACAGCCCGAAGGCACCUGGUGUAAAGAAGCCCGCGGCUAAACUGAAGAAGCUGGGUGCCAAAAAGGUGAACGCUGCACAGAAGAACAAGAAGCCGAAGAAGGCCAACAAGCCACCAGCCAAGUCACCGAGAAAGAAGUAG